AUCAAAUCCUAACAAGUGCUCUUGUUUGAAUUAUCUACUUGGUUAUCUAGUUGCUGGGUUUUGAUAUUAUUUAUCGAACUUAAAAUGAAGGUUUUCAUCCUAGCUUCCCUCGUAAGCAUCGCAGCAUGCACACGUCUGGAUCAUUUGACCUACCUUCCACCCAACCAGCGAUCGUCCAAUACAAACGCUCCAACUAACACAUACCUCCCUCCCUUCCAAAAAACUUCCUUCGCAAGUCAGUCUAGCUUUGGUAGUCAUGCUAACGCUGGAUCUAGCCAAUCUGGUUCUAACUUCCAGUCUGGAGCUGCAAACUUUAGAUCUAGCACUAACCAGAUCCCAAUUUUAAAGCUGGCUGCCGAUAAUAAUGGAGAUGGCACUUACAGAUAUCAGUACGAGACUGGUAAUAGUAUAUCAGCUGAAGAACGAGGAGAAGCCAGAGGACAAGGCACUAGAGCUCAAGGUUCCUACUCUUACACCUCUCCUGAAGGUGAAGUGGUCUCAAUUUCAUACACUGCUGAUGAAAAUGGAUAUCAUCCACAAGGAUCUCAUAUUCCCACUCCACCACCAAUUCCAGAAGCCAUCUUAAAAUCUCUGCAAGAAAAUGCUGCUGCUGAAGCUAGAGGUGUAUUCAAUGAAGGAUCUUAUCAUGGAGAAGGUUUGAACGAAGGACAAUAUCAUGAAGGUAACAGUGUUAACUUUGCCAGACAGACUUCUGGAGGAUAUGCUGCUAAUGGUGGAUACAAAUAUUAGAAGCUUAUGUUUAAGGAUAUGAUUUUGAAAUAAUAGUAAUUUUUGUACAGAGUCUAGUGGAAUCACCAAUGCCAUAAAUAAAGGACAUACAUUUUA